AUGAAGGACGUGAGAGGGGAGGCAUGCGCUGGCCAGGGCCCGCGCAGGCACUCCCGCAAGCGCAUCUCCCUCUCCAGACUCUCCUCAGACACCACCGCCACCCUUCCAGAGUACUCGUCCCAGCCUGCCUGGCUGCGCUCCCAACAACAACAACAACAAUCACCACAGCAGGCAGCCGACGACCUGCCCUCGGACAGACCGCCAGACUACCCAGAGAGCGCGGACGAGGCCGACGCUGAGACAGACGAGUCCGUCUCUGAGCUGCCCAUCCCGAUAAAUAUAUCCCCACACCCACACUCCCCCCGUCGCUCUCCACAUCGCUAUCCCUCCCAGGUUCGAAGACGGCAGCCGGUCGCCUCUGCGUCGGACCCCUAUCUCGAUUCUCUGCUCGAGCGCAGCGUGCACGCGCUGGAGAUGUCGAAUACGCUUCUGCAGUCGUCCAUGUCCACCCAGUCCUCGCUCGCCUUUCUGAACUCUGACCAGGGCAUCGAUCGCAGUCUUGACAAUCGUGCGCGGUUGCUUUCGUCCCGUAUGCGCUCGGAGAGGAAUUACCACGAGUCAUGGAUGGACGACCUAGAUGAGAUCACGAAGGGCGUGGAGGGUCUCUUUCCCCCUGAAGCGGGCCCCAGCUCGAUCAGCCAGUCUCUCCCUACACAUAACGAUUCUAUCCUCCGUCGCCACGCACCCCAUCGUUCCUCUUCCUCCUCCAACAACUCUGUCGACCUCUCCGACACCGGCCACCUUCGACUCUCCCAAUGGGAUCGCGACCGUCUCGUUUCCCCGCCGCCCCGCGCCCUGACGCAAUACAUCGAGUCCACAGACGCGGACGCAUUCUUGCACUUACCCUCGACCCUCGGCCUCCGUGCUUCCUCUUCUCAUUUCGCCGACCUUUCCUCGUCUUCGUCCUCUCAGCCUCCACCCUCCGCACCCGCACGCACAAUCAAUCAUACGCUCAGCCAUAGUCAUAGUACCUCGUUAUCGUCAGCCUCAUCAUCGAGAUCCUUCACACAUCCUAUAAACCCACUUGCGUCGGCUUCGACCCCGGUACUGGUUGAUAAACCAGCCGAACCGAGCACCCCAGCCUAUUCCCUCCUCUCCUCCGUCCUCUCGCGCAAAUCAUCCAACGGGUCUUCGCAGACGCAAUAUCCGAAUCGUGGCCGCACCCGUGCUUCGCCCUCGAGAUCAUCAUCGACGAGACGGGGGAGUAAUAGUAGUACUAUCACCUCCACGACGACGACCGCAGAACCUCAUCUCUCGCCCGAUCGACUCACGAGACGAUUACAAUCGCAUUCGAGGUCUCCGCCUCCUCUGCUCCGGAUCUCGACACCCCCACUCUCACCUUCCCAACCGUCAAAACGAGCAAUGACACCCCCCAUCGAAGAACUCUCCGCCUCGUCCACCUCGCCCUCCCUAUCCGGCUCCAACUCCAACUCCUCUUCAACAGACCCCAUCCUCGCCCUCCAAGCCCUGCGCAAGAUCCUCAACGAUCAACCUCCUCCCCCUCCUCCUCCCCUUCCCCCGAAGAAACAGUUCAUGCCGAAAACGCCGGCGCCGGGUCCGGCGAUUGGGAGUUCGAAUGCGACGGCGAGUAUUUCGAGGUUGUUUACGAAGGGGACGCAUACGACUUCGACGAGGGCGAGGAGUCCGCCGAGGCAGAGUGCGUUGAAGGGUGGGGCGGGGGCGAGUGGGACGCCGAGAGAGCCUAGGACGCCGGUGAGCCCGGUUACGCCUACGGGGGUUGGUGCCAGUGGGAGUAAUGGUGCGGGCGGUAGUGGGAGUGGUGGUGGGAGUGGUAGUGGAGGUGGUGGAGGGCUCGGAGGGCUCGGAGGGAUGCUUGGGACGUUGACGUUGGGAGGUUUGGUCGGACAUAGGAAUGGGAAUGGACAGAGACAUAGCGGGCCUGGGACAGAGAGCAGCGCGGCGUCGAGUGGACGAUCGACGCCGAAACGGAUAUCGUUCGCGGAGUUACCGCAAUCGUAUGCGGGAGGGGGUAGUGGACGCGGAUUCGAUAGGAAAGCGAAGGGGAAGGGGAAGAGGAAGAAGAGGGGGCCGGAUACGAAGGGAGGGAGGGGGGCGGGGGAGGAGGAAGAUGAGGGGGCGUGGUGGUUGAGUUGGUUGGUGGGGGGAUGGGGGGUGCGAGUAGUGGCGGUGGCGGAAAUGGGCGUUUUGGCGGAGGAGAGGUCGGAGGCGAGGAUGGCGAGGAAUUGGGGCGGGAGUACGAGGUUUGGGGGUGGGAUGGAGGAUUGGGCUGUUUAA